UCUACGUGGUAUCCCUUUCUUACCCGUCUUUUAAACAAGUUAGUACUUAAUGGUCUUUAACCCAAACUUUCCAACAACUUUGAAGAUUAAUUCUUAACUUGCAUCAUAAAAGCCCAGCUUAAUUAGCUUCUCUUAUCGUUUCAAAUGGCAUCUAAAUUAACCCUCGACGGCGGCAUCGCGUUAGUGACAGGGGCUGCAAGUGGCAUCGGCAAAGAAACCGCGUUCGCGUUUGCGGAAGCCGGCGCUCAGGGAGUUGUUUUUGCGGACCUCAAUGACGAAGGCGGCAAGGCGGUUGCCGAAGAGAGCCAGAAAUAUGCCAAGCAUACCAAAUUCCGUGCACUUGCCAUCAAGGUCGACAUUGCCAACGCCGAGAGUGUGGGAAGACUUGUCUCGUCGACGGUCAAGGAGUUCGGACGGGUUGACUAUGCCGUCCAUUGUGCUGGAAUUGAGAUGGAGAACUAUGGAUCAUUUACACCCGCCCUAGAUCUUGAUGUUUUCUCCAAGAUCAGUGACACGAACAUCACUGGUGCGGUGCUGUUUGUGCGCGCGGUUAUGGGGGCCAUGGCCCAGCAGGAGCCGCUUACACUUCCUGGCACGAGUCGUCACGGCCCGCGCAGCCUUGGAAGGGGCUCGAUCGUGCUCCUAGGUUCUACUUCUUCGUUACUUGGUUCACCGGGAAUGAUUUCCUAUACAACGGCCAAGCACGCCAUCAUCGGCAUUAUGAGGUCCGCCGCUGUCGAUGCCUUAGCAUUGCAGAGCGCCAUCCGGGUAAAUGCUGUCUGUCCCGCCUGGGUGGAUACGCGCAUGGUACGAGAUGCCGUUGAGACGAACUCGAUGCUCAAACAUGCUAUUGAUAACAUAACACCCUUCAAGCGUGCUGCCAGUGUUGAUGAAGUGGCUGACUAUAUCGUUUUCCUGUCGAGUCCCUCUGCUAGUUUCAUCAACGGCACUGCUCUGCCCAUUGAUGCUGGGCUCAGCUUACCCGCCCCUUCCUUUUUGCAGUGAAGCACUGGCGUACAGACUUCUAUUAAUCGAGUAACUGAUCUAAAAUGAACUUCAGUUGGGUUUUGAUAUUUCAAUUAACACAAAUAAACCAUCAUAUACA